AUGUCCUCCAGUCCGAAUCGCGGAUCGAAGGCGGCUGGUACGAACAGUCGGCCGUCCAGCAAGGAUGGUUCUAAGAAGAAUAUAUGGUCUUCUCUGUUAGAUGGCGUCGCCAAUGGAAAGCGCUUGCCUGAGAAGAACCUAUUGAUUCUCGGUAAGUUUGAGAGCCCACUAGAUCUUAUACCGCUUGACUGCAGGGAGUUCCUGGAGACCUUUUCUGCAGAUACCUCGGCAGACCCCAGCUUAGUGAAUGAGAAACGAAAGGGAAAGACACCUCCAAUUGCCAAUCACUUUGCGCUGGGAUACACAUAUCGAGAUGUACUCGACGCCGACCAAGAAGAUACGCUGGCGCGUGUCUCGGCCUACCUCUUGUCCGAACCUUCUCCGUCAUUCGCUCAGCUCCUCAAACCGCUCCUGACCCCUCAAUCCGUCCCGGAAACGCUGGUUGUCAUCUUGAUGGAUUGGUCUGACCCCUGGACAUGGAUUCGCAGGCUACGAGAAUGGGUCCGUCUGCUUCGUUCAGUCCUUGUUUCGCUCAACGAUGACACAAAGGUCGUGAUGGAAGAAACUAUGACAGAAUGGCGUGACCGCAAAAGAGGAAUGGAUGCUAGCUCUGCUGCCACAGGAGGUCUGCCAAAUUCUGGUGGGCCAGUCACAAUACCCUUAGGGCCCGGCGAAUGGGACGAAGGACUUGGUAUCCCGAUGUGUGUCGUUUGCCAGGGAGCUGAUAAAAUCGAGAAACUUGAAAAGGAUCACGGCUGGAAUGAAGAGCAGUUUGAUUUCAUCCUACAAUUUCUGCGCACAAUCUUGCUGAAGCACGGCGCAUCGCUCAUUUACACUACACCUUUCCUUGCCAACUCCCUUCAAAGUUUGAUUCACUCCUCAUUGGGAAUCCACUCUCUUUUGAAACGCCAAUCAUUAAAACAUAAUGUCAUCGACCGAGACAAGAUCCUCGUGCCCGCAAAUUGGGACUCUUGGGGUAAAAUUCGAAUUAUUCGCGAAGGGUUCGACAUGGAAGGAGCCUCGACCGCCUGGUCAAUCGAGAUCCAAGAUCCCCCCCAGCCGCUGGAUCAACCCAUGGAUGUCAGCCCGGAUGGCGAAGAUGAUGGUACAAGUGCCGUAACCGUGUUCGAACAAACCAUCAAAGAUCCGAAACGUGAAACUUCAAUCGCCAACCCCACCGCCAACACCAACGGCUCCAAGAUCGAAGUCGAAACCAAUGAUAUGCAACUUUUCUUUGCCGACCAACUCGACCUCCUAGAAAAACUCAGAGCCGACGACGAGAAGGAACGCGCCAACCAGCAAAAAUGUCCCCCCAUGGACGAAGGAAAAGUCAACGAGCACAUUGGUCCCGUCCAAUUCAAUAUGGGGGGUAUCCAAGUGGACGCCGAGGACAUGCUGAAGAAGCUUCGCGACCGCGAAGCAAGUCGUGCCCAAAAGAUUCAGCCAGCAUCCCCAACUCCCGGCGACGAAAAAGCUCACAACCAAGCCUUGGCCAACUUCUUCGCCGGCCUCGUCAAGAAACCCGGCAGCAGUCCUCGUGGAAGCCCGUCUGCUUGA